UGAAUGCGGUCGAAUAAUAAGUCAUUUGCACGGGACUACGUAGCGCCGACGCUUGCGUGGCCAUUAGCGAAUUCAUCAUCACACGCCGUGUGUGUCUGUGUGUGUAUGCGUGUGUGUUUUUUCGCCGAAUAAAGGAGAGGAAUUGCCCGCAAGUACAUACCGGAGUGUGCACUCCCAUUUUAGUCAAGGCCAGACGGAAGGGCAGUGCAGACUGUUGGGCUGUCCAGUGAAGCAAUCCCGCCAUGCGUGAAUACAAGCUAGUGGUGUUAGGCUCUGGAGGUGUGGGCAAGUCUGCUUUGACAGUUCAGUUUGUACAAGGAAUCUUUGUGGAAAAAUAUGACCCUACAAUAGAAGACUCAUACAGAAAGCAAGUGGAGGUAGAUGGACAGCAAUGUAUGCUUGAAAUUCUUGACACAGCCGGCACAGAACAGUUCACAGCUAUGAGGGACUUGUACAUGAAGAAUGGCCAAGGCUUUGCCCUGGUAUACUCCAUCACAGCACAGUCCACCUUCAACGACCUCCAAGACCUGAGAGAACAGAUUCUACGAGUAAAGGACACAGAGGAUGUGCCGAUGAUCCUUGUAGGGAACAAGUGCGACCUGGAGGAUGAGCGUGUGGUGGGGAAGGAGCAGGGCCAGAACCUGGCCAGACAGUGGAACCACUGUGCCUUUUUAGAGUCCUCUGCUAAGUCAAAGAUCAACGUCCUUGAUAUCUUCUAUGACUUGGUCAGACAGAUAAAUAGGAAAACGCCAGUGGAAAAGAAGAAGGCAAAAAAGAAAUCCAACUGCGUUCUGCUUUAAAGACCUUUCUCCCUUCAGCCCCUGCAGCAGCUCUGAGCCAGAAAUGCUGUAAUGAAGAACUGUUGCCCUGAUUGGAACGUGCCAGCAUUCCAACAGCCCUGACCCUACCCUUCCUCCAUCAGCCAUAAACGGUGAAUCAGCUGACUGAACUGCUCCUAUCAAAGAUGAGGAUGAUCUACACCAGAGAGAAUGAAAAGAGAAAGACAGUAAGAGAGAGUAGACUCUGGUCUCUCGCCUCCGAGGACCUUCCUCUGUCUCAGUUUGAGUGUGAACGCUGAACGGGAAGCGUCCACCUCUGCACCAACAACAGCACCACAAACUGACGAUGUUCUGAUUAAAAUGCAGCAAAGCCUCUGAAAGUUAAAAAACAAACAAAAAAAAGUCCACGAGCUGCCUACAUGGCCAGCCCCUUAUUUUUAUUUUUUGACAGCUUAACAUAAAGAAAUAACAGCAUUUAAGAAGGAAAACAAAGUUAGAACUUGGAUUCAGUAUUUUUCAUCUUUUUCAAUAUUGUAUUUGAAAGACAUGGAAGUUGACCUCUUUAGUUGUAUGAUUAUAAAUAUUCUUCAAAAACGAGCAUGAAUAAAGCAUCAGUUAUUACGUGUAGAUGUUUUCAAGUGAAAUCAAAGUGGAAAAGUGAGAAUUUUUUUUUUUUUAUAGCCAUACACCUAUUCUCCAUGCCUGUCAUGUCAGUGAUGGUAGAUCGAGGUCUAUGAUAUGUAUUAUUAUUUUUUUUUAUUACAUUUUUUUUUCUUUGUUUGCCCUCUUGUUCAUGGACUUCUCUUCUGCAGAUAUCUCUCUCUGAUGUGACUUAAUUUUAUACUCAGUCACCGGGAUUUCAUAGCUCCCAUAAUAUAUUCUAAUGCCAUUUUUCUUUUUGCAUAACAAUGCUUCAGAAAAAAUGGGUCUUUUAUAGAAGAAAUAUGGGGAAAAAUAAGGAUUGAUUUCUAUGUCUCUCGAAGCUGAAAUAUAUUAUACUAAACCAACUCUAAUAAUGCUUCUUGUGUUUUUCUGUCAAUAAUGUUCCAGCUUUUAUGGAUUAUUAAAGUACAUUUUAGUACAUUUUCAUUAUACUGGUCAAUGUAUUUUUGUGAAUUAAACUUUUAUUCAAAGUGGA